CACGCCACUGUUGGCUUGGUCGUCUUCGGUGGCCGCACAACAAAUCAGACAUUCCAGGCAAGGCGGAAACCGAGCAGCCAAACAUGAGCGAGCUGUUGCUGACGAGCGCCGAGCACGUCCUGACCUUGUGCGUGGAGGUGUACAAGAUGGUGAAGGUGGCCAAGUCCAACAAGGCUCAGUGCCAGCAGGUGGGCGAGCGCGUGCGCACCUUGGAGAAGAUGGUGCGGCGCAUCAAGCAGCGGCCCGAGAACGUCUCGCCCGAUGUCAGGGACGCCCUGGUGGACCUGGCCCGCAGUCUGAAGGACGCCACCCAGCUCAUGGGCAAAGUAACCAAAGCCAACGCCGUGGUCGGCUUCCUCGCGUCGAGCAGCAACGAGUCCAAGUUGCAGGAAGUCAGCCAGAAGCUGAACGAGGACGUGCAGCUGCUGUCCGUGGCCCUGCAGAUCUGCUACGGCGACGCCCUCAGGGACGGCCUGAAGGCCAUCGUCGACGAGCACAGGAUGGCUAAACGCUUGGAGCCCAUCCGACGCAAGCCCGUCCUGCGGGUGUCCCACGCCGCGGACGAGAAUGGCGGGGAUCCGGACGACGGCUCGGUCGGGGCCGCAACCCCCGACGCCACCUCGCUUGUCGCCAAGCUCCUUUUGGCUUCGACGACCAGGCCCGAGAGCAAGGUCCCCGUGUCCCCCUCGCCUCCCGCCACGUUCGUUCCAUCCCGGGAGCCCAAGACGCCUGCUGCCAAAUUGUCUGAGACCGAGGCGCCCGUGGCCGUGUCACCUUGCCGCAUGAUACCUGUGGGGGCGGCUCCCAAGGCGCCCAAUCUCCCAAAGUCACAUGGCGCCCCGACACCCAAGACCAAUGCGCCUGUUCCGGCGUCACUCAAGUCUCCGCCGCUCGCCAUGCCCAUGUCACCUGUUGCCAUGAUGUCACCUGUUCCAGGGUCGACUGUGUCCAUGACACCCAUCCCCAUGAUGUCACCUGUCCCCAUGAUGUCACCCGUCCCCAUGAUGUCACCCGUCCCCAUGAUGUCACCUGUCCCCAUGUCGCCAGUCUCCAUGUUGCCCUACCCGCUGGUGUCCCCGAGCCCUCCAGUGGUCCUCAAUCCGAUGCCGAUGCUCUACCAGCCCCCCACCAACACAGUGACCUCCACCGUCAUCAGCUACAACCGCCCCCGCUCUCAUCCCUCCCUGAACCUGGCCCAACUUGCUGCCGCCUUGCCGUCGCAGAGUCACGUGCUUGGUAGCAGCGUGAACAGCACUUAUUUCUUUUGACGCCCGCCAUCCGUAAUCCGCCGUGUUACGCUUCCAACGGGGGGCUUCUCAAACGGGAUCAUUGCGGGAGAGAAAUUCAAGCCCAACACACCUCCGAGUUACGCAAAAACACACUUUCCCAUCUGUGCAAUAUAUCCUGUGCAAUAAAACGCAAGGUGCAAUACAUCAAA